AUGGAGCUCUUCCCCUCCCAGCCGGACCUCUCCCUCCAGAUCGGCCUCCCCGCCAGCGCCACGCCCCACGACCACCACCACCACGGCGCCGCCGCCCUCAGCGCCAGGUUCCUCGCAGCGACAGCCGCCGCAGGUGGCGGCGUCGGCGGUGGCAACGGGUUCCCUGGCGGCAACCCGGCGGCGGCCAUGGCGCCGUCGCUGCAGCUGUCCAUGCCCAUGCCGCUGCCGCUGCCGCUGCCGGUGCAACUGCCCAUGCCGAUGCCGAUGCCCCCCAACGCCGCUGCUGCAGGGGCGGGCGGCGGCCUGUACUACCACCCCGACGCCGCCGCCAUGCUGCGGCCCAUCCGCGGGGUGCCGCUGUACCAGCACCCGCACACGCACGCGGUGCCGCCGACGUUCCCGCCGCACGCGGCGGGGCCGGGGGCGGCGGGCCCGUGCUUCUGCGAGCCUUGCCACGUCGCCGCGGGCUCCUGGCGCCGCGCCGGGUGCGGCGUCGGGGCGCGCGUCGCCGGGUUCCCCCCGGCCAAGCGCGCCGCCAGGGCGCCGCGCAUGCGCUGGACGUCCACGCUCCACGCCCGCUUCGUCCACGCCGUCGAGCUCCUCGGCGGCCACGAAAGGGCAACGCCCAAGUCAGUUCUUGAGCUCAUGGACGUGAAGGAUCUCACCCUGGCUCAUGUCAAGUCUCACUUGCAGAUGUACAGGACCGUGAAGAACACCGAAAGGCCGGCAGCUUCGUCAGAUCAAGCUGAUGGGUUCGAGAACGGGUCGGCCGGCGAGAUCUGCGACGACAACUCCUCGCUCGAUCUGCACGGCACCCCCGGCAGGCCAGAGUCGGCGGCGGCUCGCCAUGGAAGGUUAGCUGCCUGUAACGAUCAUGGGAGCAGCACCGGCGCUCAUGGUGCCCUCUGGAAUAGCUCCUCAAGGGAAGACUGGACCGGCUUUCCCAGCGACUCCAACACCGGGAGCAUGAGCAUGCAUUCUCGAUCUCUCAAGGAUCAGACGAUGCAGUCCAAGAGCUUGGAGAUCCUCUCGGACAUGAACAACUCCUGCGUGUCGGAGACGACGUCGUGUGCCAGCGGGUUGAACCUGGAGUUCACCCUAGGCCCACGCAUCAGGCACUAA